AUGGCUUCCAAAGCGCCCACGGCACCCAUCGUGCCCAUCAAUGCCCCCAAACCCGGUGUCGGCGGCUACCAGCCCCUCAACCCGCGCACCGAGGUCCUCCCCGCAGGCUGGAACGGCUUCGACUCGCGGCCUCUCCCCUCCCCCAUCCUCGUAGAGCACGACGUCGCCAUCCCCAUGCGCGAUGGCAAGAUCCUCUACGCCGACGUAUACCGGCCCCCUCCCGGCCCAGAUGACGCGCCCGCCGCCCCCCUCAUGACCCCGUGGAACCUGGGCAUCCCCGACGGCACCUUGAGCGGGCUAGAAAAGUUCGAGGCGCCCGACCCGGCCGACUGGGUGCCGGAGGGCUACGCCAUCGUCAACAUCGACUCCAGGGGCUCGGGCCACUCAGAGGGCACCAUGGUGAUUAUGGGCACGCAAGAGGCCGAGGACGGCUACGACGCCGUCGAGGACCUCGCGCGGAGACCUUGUCUCAAAGCCAUUGCGCCGUGGGAAGGUUGCGGAGAUUUGUACCGCGAGCAGUUUGGCCGCGGCGGCAUCUACGCCGGCGACCUGUUCGACAACCUCAUCGUGCGGUACAUGCUCAACGGCCACAACGGUAUGGAGAGCUUCAAGGAAAUACCCGACAUGAAGAAGAUCAACGUGCCCACGUACAUUACCGGCACGUGGACCAACACCAUGCACGGCAUGGGCGCCAUCCGCGGCUGGCUCGAGGUCGAUACUCCGGAUAAGUGGCUCCGGUGGCAUCCUUGGCAGGAGUGGUACGAUCUCUGGGGGAACCCCCAAGCCAAGGCCGAGCUUUUCCAGUUCUUCGGUCGCUAUCUCAAGGGCGAGGAGAACGGGUGGGAAAAUACGCCCAAGGUCCGCAUGGCGCUCCUCAAAUUCGGCCAGUCGGACCCCAUCGAGAAUAUCGUCGUCCCCGACUUCCCACUUCCCGAUACGGACUACAAGAGCCUCUAUCUACAGUCAGAUGGGACCCUCGGAAGCGAAGCCUCCAAGGAAUCCUCCUUCAUUUCUUACAACUCGGAAUCGAGCGAGUCGGCGGCUUUCAAGUACACCUUUGCCCAAAAGUCGCAGAUCGUCGGCAUGCCCAAGGCCGUCCUUUACAUGUCUUGCGACGACCACGACGACAUGGACGUCUACGUCUUUAUAGAGAAGCUCGACAAGGACGGUAACCAGAUGAAGAGCUUGAAUAUCCCCUGGAAGGGAAUCCCCGUCCAAUCCUUUGACGACUUCACCCCGGAGCAGUCCACCGAGGUGGUGCUGUACAAGGGCCCCGUCGGAAUCCUGAGGGCCUCGCAUCGCGAGAUCGACCCUGCGCGCUCCAUGCACACUAAUUGGCCCUUCCACCCUCACGAGAAAGAGGAGAAGCUGACCCCCGGUACCGUGGUUAGGUUAGAUAUUGGCAUCUGGGCCAUGGGUAUCGAGUACGAGGCGGGCGAGAGCUUGAGGGUUCAUGUGAGCGGCCGCAGUUUCGCCGUUGCCAACUUUGGGACGCUGGAGCAUCUCGACAACAAGGGGACACACAAGGAUCCCAGCAUGGAUCCGCCGACCAUGGACGCGUCCAGGCUAAAGCACGCGGCUGCCUACGACUCGGACUCGUCCGUCGGCUCCGAGGAUGACGAACGAACAGGCGGCGGCGCCAACGCAAAGGAGAAGGCUGCUCUGGGCGUGUUCGCCUCCGACAGUGACGACGACGGCCCGGGCCGCCGCUGGAAGAAGAAGACGCUGCGCAGAGCUGGCAUGAAUUUCGUCUCCCAAGGUGCUGCCAAGGAGGACUCGGAGUCGGAAGAGGACGGCUCAUGGGGCAAGCUCGGAGAAAAUGAGAUGGAUGAGGACGACGACGAUGAGGACGACGAUAUGGAGAAUACUGGGCCGCGCGGCCUAGGAUUCUCUCGCGGUGGUCUGGGUGCUGGCGAUGCAAAGUCGCGCCCCGUGACCUUUGUGACUGGCGCGAAACUACAAGAUAUGAACCGCGAAGAGUCGGAAGGCGAUGACGACGACGAUGGCGACGCGCGCCCUACCCUCGGUAUGGGGUUCCGCCAGAGCGCACCAAAGAAUGGUGGUCUCGGUGCCGGGAAGCCCCCGUCGCGGCCCAACGUCUCUUUCAAGCCCGCGACAAAAUCCAAUACCAGCAGCAGCAAUCCCUUUGGCCGGGGCUUUGUACCCGCUUACGAAAACGAGCCGGUCCUCCGCGACGACUUACCCGACACGCCAACGGUGGUGAGAAAAGCGAUGCCGAGCGCGUUCGGCGGCGCCGGCGGGAAAAGUAAGAAGCCCAAUCCUAGCUCCUUUGGUGCGAGGAUGAUGGCCAAGAUGGGCUACAAGGAAGGACAAGGUCUCGGAAAGGAAGGCCAGGGCCGCAACAUUGUCAUCGAGGCGAAUCUCCGUCCACAAGGUGUUGGUCUUGGCGCCGUAAAAGAAAAGACGGACCGGGAGCGCAAAGAAGAGAAGCGCCAAGCGCGCGCGACCAGCACGCCCAAGAGGCAGAAGCCCAAGUAUAUGACGGCGGAGGAGCUCAAGCGCGCCGCGCCGGGUGUCCACAUCCCCGAGGCUUUCAUGCCCAUCCUCGACAUGACGGGCCCCGGGAGCAAGCUGGUGACAUCCGCCUCCGGCUUCAGCACGCCUACAUCAACCGUCGAGUCGGCGGAGGCGGUGGCGACGAGAAAGAUCAUCAAGCAGGCCCACCGCGACCUCGCGGCAUUUUCGGAAGAGUGGCGGAACCUGUCGGAGAGGGAUGCUUGGGUGGAUAAGAAGCUCGCAGAGUGCGAGCAGGAGAUGGAGGAUCUCCGGCUCGGAUACGAGAAACUACAAAUGUUCUCCGAAGUUGUCACGAGCGAGCUACCUGCGGCCGGGUCCGACUGGGACAAGGUAAUACAGUGCCUGCACAAGGCCGCCAACGUUGGGCCCUCGACGCCCGAAGCGGCGGCUGUCAUCGUGGCGGCGCUGGAGCCUUUCUUCAAGGACCCGGAAUGGGAUCCACUUCUACAACCAUCUCGUUAUGCGGCUGACAUAAAGGGCCUCGAACCCUUACUUAUGCCCGACGCGGACUCUGGCCAGGCGGUCGAGAAGCAAGACUCUACCUUAUUCGGAAACACGGACGGGGUAUACAGACACCACCAGCGGUCCACGACGCCGUACGAGAGCCUCAUGUACCGUCUAUGGCUCCCGCGCGCGCUCCGCAGCGUACGCGACUGGAAGGUACAAGACCCCGACGCCCUCAUGGCAGUCAUCAACAACUGGGACACCCUCCUCCCCUCCUUUGUCCGCGCCGAGCUCAUGGACAACGUGGUACGCCGACUCCACAGCGCCGUGACGGACUGGACGCCCCGCACGCGCAAGCAAAACCACCAGCUCCCGCACACCUGGCUCUUCCCCUGGCUCCCCCUCCUCCCCGCCUACCACCUCGACCCACGGGGCACCGGCCUCGUGUCCGACGUGCGCCGCAAGUUCCGCCAGCUCAUCGAGGUCUGGGAGUACGAGCGCGGGCCCGUCCCCGGACUCGCGCGCUGGCGCGAGGUCCUCGGCGCCGAGGAGUGGCUCGGCCUCCUCGUCGGCCACGUCGUGCCCAGCAUGGCGCGCUACGUCCAGCGCCACUUCCGCGUCGACCCCGCCGACCAGGAACCCUACCUCGCCAUCCUGGACGGCGUGCUCCGCUGGGCCCGCAGCGGGUCCGACCACGACGGCGUCCUGCCCACCCGCUACGUCGCCGAGGUCGUCGCCGGCAAAGUCUUCCCCAUGUGGCACGCCAAGCUCGCCGAGUGGUUCGCCCUCGGGCCCGACGCUGACCUCGCGGAGAUUGCUGCCUGGUUCGAGUGGUGGGACGCGUACUACCCCCGUCCUGUGAGUAAGUUGCUGAGGGGCGAGUUUGAAAAGGGGCUGCUGGCCAUGGAGAAGGCGUUGGAUAAGAUUACGUAG